AACAGUCGCUCGAGACCACGCCGAGCGAUAUACCACGCAGUAUAGAAAGCGCCGCAUCACCUGAACAAUGGCUUUUCCUGCUACUCGCACAAAGGACCCUACGCUGCCCCAAAAGUUGGAUCGUUUUUCCCAGUCUUGGAAGCGAUACUCCGGCAUGAUACGGGUCGUCUAUUCCACAUUAUUGAGACAGCCUUCGCAGCUGGCAGACGUUCAGCAUACGUUUUGGUUGCUGGAUAACACUGCGUAUCGACAUCCAGCCUCCCAUGUAUCUGGUGAACAUCACCCAUGGCGAGUGGAGGUGGUGGCCUGCGUCUUCCGGAAGGAUAGUCGACGGGACAUCAGCAAGUUUGUGGCGGCGAUUGCAGAUCUCAUUGGACUCGAUGGAGCAUUAGGUACAGAGAAAGAAAUACGCCAUCGGAUUGCGCGACGUCUACAGCCAUUCCUGUAUCAUGUUGUUGCGAAUCACUCGAUGAUGCUAGAACUACCUCUACCCAACCAAACCACCCAAAUCUAUCAAAUCGGUCCCACAGGAGACAAUGGUAUUGCCUCGCAGGUGCUGAAUAUUGGCGUCCGUCACAUUGAAGAUGGACUCCGGGUACUGUCCCAUGUUCGGGGCGUGAGAGACAGGGCGACAAUGGAAACAACCUUUGCCGGCCCAGAGGGCUGGUUGGUCGUUUCUGACAUUGACGACACCAUAAAAUACACACAAACAUCAGAUACUACUGGAAUAAUCCGCACAACCUUCGCCGAAGAGCCAAAGCCGAUUCCAGGUAUGCCUCAGCUGUAUUCUCGUAUCGAAAAGCGGUUCGAGCCUACAUGGUUCUACCUCUCUGCAUCACCUCACAACCUGUAUCCCUUCCUUCGCGGGUUCCUCCGCAAGCAUUUUAGUCCUGGGACACUCAUUCUUCGAGAUUUCUCCUGGUUGGACAUUAGCGAGCUGGUCAAAUCAUUCACAGUCGACACGCUGGAAUACAAAGUGGAUCGCAUAAGGAAGAUCUGGAGAUGGUUUCCGCAUCGGCGAGCCAUCUGUAUCGGAGACUCCACACAGACGGAUCCCGAAGCCUACGCGGAGAUUUACAGACGAUAUCCUGAGUGGAUCCAUGCAAUCCUCAUUAGAAAAGUCAUGGAUGUGCCUCACAUGGAGGAGCGAAAUUCAUCGAAAAGGUUUGCAGAGGCUUUUCAAGGAGUUCCGAAGCAUAUAUGGCGAGUAUUUGAGCACCCGAGAGACGUCUAUGAUGUGCUCGAUCAGAUUAGAGCAAGGGAUAACUCAAGUUUCCUUCACUGA